AUGCUGGGGACCCAGGACCUGGGGCAGGUGUACUUUGAGCCCAUCAAGGACAAACAUGGGAACGCUCUGCUGGUGCUGCUGAAGGACAUGAGCACCAGUGCCAGUCUGGAUGGAGUUCGCUGGAUGCAGCUUUGUAAACUGCAGCUCCAACGCAAGUCCAUCUCGUCUCCAGAGGAGCCCACUGCAUUGGACACGCUGCUCAUCACGCUGCAUGAGAAGCUAGCGUACCAUCGCAGGAGCAGGAAGGUGCUCUCUCCUGGUCUGUACCUGGGAUACCUGAAGCUCUGUACGUCUGUGGAGCAGAUCCGAGCGCUGGUGCCACAGAAGCUUCCCAACGUCCUCUGCCACACCAAGAUCCGGGACAACUGCAACGUGUCCCGGGAAGAAUGGCAGUGGCUGCAGGCCCUGACCUCUUUGGACGAGACGAUAGAGAUGGACCAGGACGUGCAGAGCGCCCCUCACAGGCUGCUGCAGGAUCUACGCUGUGCCAUCAAAGACCUGAUGGCUCACAUCAAUGUCCCAGGAAACCAGGUCCAGGACUUCCGUAUCUACAGUCAGGAGGUGGUGGAGUUUGGGCAGAAGGUGUCCUUCCUUCUGCUGCUGCCUCCUUCCGACGAAGUGUGCACAGCUCCUGGGCAGAACAACCCCUACUCUCCCCGCUCCGGCUUCCUCACGCUGCCUCUGCAAGUCUUUGAACUGGUGCAUUUCAACGCCUAUUCCGCUGAAUUCAUCGGCCAGUACUGCCGCGUGUCUGCCCUCCUGGAGCUGGAGUCCCUGAUGUCCCAGCAGGCUCUGAGGGAAGCCUUCUCGGAGGCGGAGCUGCUGCAGGCCAAAAAGAAACACCAGCAGAUCCAAGACCACAUGCAGCAGAUGGAGGAGGUGUGGCGAGACGUGCGCUGGAUCAUGGAUGCCCUGCAGUACGCUCGCUACAAGCAGCCCACAGGAGGCAUCUGCAUCAGCUGGAUAAUCGACUUCUCCAAAGAAGUGCUCCCAGACAAACCCCUGUCGACCUCCUCCCAGCCAGACUUCAUGCCCUCCCCCAGCCCCUCCCCAGAGCCCUGCCACAAGCACUCCGAUUUUGCUGGCUUGUCAGACGAGGAGGGCUCCUCUGAAGUCUUCCUCACCACAGACAGCGACUACGACUCGAGUCGAGCUCAGAGUCCGCGGGAGCUGGACCUGCUGCCCCCCUCCCCCCUGUCCUGCACCGCGCCCCUGGAGUCGCGGGGGCUCCUGCGCAGCGACGGCAGCAGCUCUGGAGGAUGCAUGGGCAGCGGAGGCCGAGGAGUGCUCCGAGACUCCACUCCGGACGUCCUUCAGGCCUCGGAGCACAGGGAGGGGGAGCGCUGUGGAGGGGGGGGGCUGGGGGUGCGGAGGAGAGGAGCCCCGGAGCUGUUCGACAGUGACUUUAUCCUGCCCAGUCGACAGAUCGAGUUGCUGCACAUCACGGAGAAGAAGCAGGCUUUCUGUGUGCGCACCAGCAGCUUGGAGUUCCCCCCUCUCAGCGCGUCCCACCACCAGCCUUACCCCCAUCCCAGCUGCCCCUCGGCCUCGGCCUCGCCACACAAACGCCUGCACCGGCCCUCGUCCGUGGACCGCUGCUGCCCCCCCGACCGCCCCCCACUGUCGUCCUCGGCUCGCACCUUAUCAGAGGACAGCGGCACCCAAAGACUCACCUCCCCCUCGGCUCUCAGGAAAGGCUGCCACGUCACGCUGCGGGUGUACCCUCAGUACUGCACAGGGCUGCCCCAGGACACGUGUGUGAAGCUGUGCGUGACCCCGGGAACGUCGGCGCAGGAGAUGGUGCAGCUGGUAGUGCUGGAGAUGAACAGCGUGGCCCGGCGGCUCCUGCGCACCAGCGACGGCGGAGACUGUGAGUGCGCCUACUACAGCCCAGAACAGUUAAAACACUUUGGACUCGUGCUGGUCCUGGACAAUAAAGAGAAGUGGCUCCAGGACGACUUCUGUCCUCUGGAGCUGCAGAACCCCUGGCUGCGAGGGAAACUGUGUGUGCGGCUCAAGGAAUACUCUCCGCUGGCGCUGACCCAGAGCCACGGCACGACUGUGUGA